AUGGGCAAGAGCUGGCUGAAAGUCCUCAAGGACGAGAUCAGGAAGCCAUACUUUCUCGCCCUCAAACGUUUCCUGCUCGCGGAAGGUUUGACAGGCCUCGACGCGAAUUGCCAGAUCUACCCUCCGCCGCGACAAAUCUAUUCCUGGUCCACGCACACGCCUCUAGGCAAGGUGAAGGUAGUCAUUAUUGGCCAAGAUCCGUAUCACGGUCCUGGUCAAGCGCAUGGCCUCUGUUUCUCAGUCCUACCCGGCGUCGCGGUGCCGCCGUCUCUCAAGAACAUCUACGCCGAAAUCAAAUCCGAAUAUCCCUCCUUCACUCCGCCGAGGCACGGUGACCUGACCUCCUGGGCCGACCAAGGCGUCCUCCUCCUCAACACCUUCCUCACCGUCCGCCCGGGCAAAGCCGGCUCGCACGGCAAACAAGGCUGGGAAUCCUUCACGGACAAAGUCGUCGACGCCGUCGACAAACACGGCGGUGCCAACCUGGGCGCGAAGACCGGCACGGGCCGCGGCGUCGUCUUCCUCUGCUGGGGCGCCUGGGCCGCGAAGCGUACAGAGAAACUCAACAAGUCGAAGCAUCUCAUUCUGAAGAGCGCGCACCCGUCGCCGUUAAGCGCCCACAAGGGUUUCCUCGGCAACGGGCACUUCAGGAAAGCCAACGACUGGCUCGAAGCCAAAUACGGACCGGACGCCUGCGUCGACUGGUGUCGAUUAUGA